AUGACGUUUCGACUCCGCCUCCUCUGGGAGACAUGCAGACCCCACCCCUUCCGGGGGAAAGGCAAAUCUAGUGCGCGACGGCAUCCCUGUGACGUAAAGGAGACGUUCGGAGCCCAGGACAUGUCGGGAAUGAGGAGAUACGAAGUGGCGCUGGAGGCGGAGGAGGAGAUCUACUGGGGCUGUUUCUACUUUUUCCCCUGGCUGCGCAUGUGGCGGAGGGAGCGGAGCUCGGCGCACCCCGGGGAGCAGAAGCUGGAGCCUCUGCGAGGCCUGAUGAGCUGUCUGUCCAGCGGCCUGGGCCCUGCUCCCCAGCGCUCGGGUCGUAGCCUCCCCCGCCGCAGCCCCACCGCCGCUGCCCAGCCAGCCAGUGCAUUAAAGAUUUAAACCGAAGCCCACCGUACUGACCUCCUGACUCUGCCGCCGCUGUCGCCAUUCGAGCCGAGCGCCCCUCCCCACACUGGCUCUGUUCCGUACUGAUAGGACGUCCCUCCCUAAAAGGGUGCCCUUCCAUGUCAAAGCCCCUCAUCAGUGUCAGGCCUCCUGUUACUAUCAAUGACUGUCUCCCCCAACCCCAAGCCCCAAAACCCCAUACUGUGAAUAGCCUAUAUGAAGAGAACUAAAUAAUUCUGCCUGUUACUCCCUUCCUCCGAGCCAGGACUUUGCCAACUGUCUGAAGAAUCUUCUCUGCUGGGAGUGUAUCUCAAACAUUUUAAGCAGAGGUAUAGGAUGCAGGCUGUAAAUGAGAAGAGGGGGAGAUUCCUAGAAGCUGCCUGCCACAGAGGAGGGACUUGGGUUGGUGACCUUUCCUACAGUUCAUACCCCAACUUUUGGCUCCUCCAGUCUGAUCCCAAGUUUAGAGAUCCUUGGCAUCAGCCUACCUAGCAGUUCUUGCUCCCUCCCUAGGAGAGUCCAAGGGCCACUGCUCUCUGCCGCCCCUUUCUGUCACCCAAUCAGUCUGGGACCCACUAACUCAAGUGAUGAGAAUCAGAGGCUGCUAUGUGGGCCUACCUUCAGUUAGGGACUGGACCCAGCACCAGAAAGGGCACCACAAGAUUAAGUUAAAGAAAGAGACAGCCCGGUUUCUGGCUGGGGCCAAAGCUUUCAGCCUGCAGCUACUCCUGCUACUGCAGAUUUUGGCUAGGGAGAAGACUUGGUCUUAAAGGGGAGAGGUGGGCACACCCAGAAGCAUUUGCUUUCUGCCUUCCGAAGGCCUCUGGACCAACAAGUCCAGGAAAGACCACAAAGUAUGUAUCGCACAGCCAACUGAUGGAGAAGGUCUUUGAUAAGACCUUGGGAUUUCCUCAGUGGCUACACCCAAGCCUUGGAGCGCAAGAGAAAGGCCUAAGCCCUAUCCCAAGAGAAAGCCUACUCCAUAGAGAGUGGCUGACCCUACAACAGACGACUGCAACAAGAUAAGGGCUGGAUUACUGCUUUAUGACUUAGUUUAUGUUUCAAAUAUAGAGCAGGACUUGCAGAUUGAGAUCCCUGGACGAGGAGUGGGAAAUUCUUCAAGGAGCCAGGGGCACUGAACUUGGCAGCAUACCCCCACCCUAGGCAGUUCCCAGCUUCCUGGAAAGGACUGGAUAAGGAUGGAUAGGAGCUUUGCAUUGAGGGAGGGGGUAAAGAACAGCUGGGUAUGGGAUUAGGAGAGAAGUGGCUAUAGCUGGAGGGUGGGAUGCAGGGAGGUAUAGGAGUUGGACAUGAGGGUGUGACUGAACCUAGGUAGGGAGGGGGGAUGUUCCUCCAGGCCCAGGAAGGAGGCUGGAAUUUGAGUAGAACAAAGAGGUAAUUGAGUACUUGAGUCUAAUGUCUUCAACAAGUCAGGGACUGGAUCUGGAGACCCCAGGCCCCUGCUGGCAAGAGGUUGGCAUUCCUGGAACAGGACUAGACAAAAACAGGAAGCAUUCCUACUGCCACCCAGCACUGCCUGCUGUACUCAGCUCUACCGAAAGCCACUCUCAGACAAGCUACUGAGGAAGGUCAUCCGGGUGGAACUGCAGGAGGCUGAUGGGGACUGUCAUCUCCAGGCUUUCGUGCUUCACCUGGCUCAACGCAGCAUCUGCAUCCACCCCCAGAACCCCAGCCUGUCACAGUGGUUUGAGCACCAAGAGAGAAAGCUCCACGGGACUCUGCCCAACCUGAAUUUUGGGAUGCUAAGGAAAAUGGGCUGAAGCCCCCAAUAGCCAAAUAAUAAAGCAGCAUUGGACAAUAA